AUGAGAGCGAUUCUGUGUCAGGACGGCCACAUCGCUGGCGGCCUUGUUGGGGGAAACCACCGGCGGCAGCUAAUCAAUGUUUCAGAGCUGCGGGAGGGAGAGAGAGGUCUGGUGAAGCUCGGCGUCCACUGCGUCACGUGUCAGAAAGUCGCCAUAAAGAUUGUCAACAGAGAAAAGCUCAGCGAGUCUGUUCUCAUGAAGGUGGAGAGGGAGAUUGCCAUCCUGAAGCUCAUAGAGCAUCCUCACGUCUUAAAGCUACAUGACGUCUACGAAAACAAGAAAUACCUAUCUCCACACUAUGCCUGCCCAGAGGUUAUCAGGGGGGAGAAGUACGACGGGAGGAAAGCAGAUGCGUGGAGCUGUGGAGUCAUCCUGUUUGCACUGUUAGUGGGUGCUCUGCCUUUCGACGACGACAACCUGAGGAAUCUGUUGGAGAAAGUGAAGCUGGGAGUUUUCCACAUGCCUCACUUCAUCCCUCCGGACUGUCAGAACCUGCUGCGCGGCAUGAUCGAAGUGGACGCUACCAAACGCUUCACGUUAGAGCAGAUCCAGAAGCACACGUGGUACAUAGCCGGGAAGAACGAGCCGGAGCCGGAGCAGCCCGUUCAGGAAGUUGCUAUCAGGAUGCUGGCUGCAGCCGAAGACAUCGACCCCGACGUCCUGGAGAGCAUGCACUCCCUCGGCUGCUAGGACAAGGAGAAACUCACCAAAGACCUGCUGUCUGAUGAGUGA